AUGCCCGACCGGAACGUGGUCUCCUGGACCGCGAUGGUGUCGGGGUACGCGCAGAACGGGAGGCACGAGGAUGCCGUGCGCACGUUCCUGGAGAUGUGGGAGGGGGCUGGCGUGCGGCCAAACGAGGUCACCGUCAGCAGCGUGCUGCCCGCGUGCGCCGCGGUCGGGGCCUUGGCGCUGGGGAAGAAGGUGCAGCGGUACGCGAGGGGGAGGAGGAUGUUUAGGAAUGUCUAUGUCGCGAAUGCUUUGAUUGAGAUGUAUGCCAAGUGUGGCAGCAUUCGUCGGGCUUGGAUGGUGUUUCGGGGCAUCGGGACGCGGAGGGAUCUUUGUUCUUGGAACUCGAUGAUCAUGGCGUUUGCCGUGCAUGGACUCUGGAGGGAGGCGCUGGGCUGGUUUCAUAAAUUGAGGAUGACAGGGGCUAAACCAGAUGGCAUUACAUUUGUUGGAGUCAUUUUGGCCUGUACUCAUGGAGGCUUGGUGGAUGAAGGCAAGCUGCUCUUCAACUCAAUGAGAGAGGAGUUCGGUCUGAAGCCAAGAAUCGAGCACUAUGGUUGCAUGGUUGACCUGCUGGGGCGUGCUGGUCUGCUAAAAGAAGCUGACAGUCUGAUCGCGAGCAUGCCAAUGGAGCCUGACGCCGUAAUCUGGGGAGCGUUGCUUGGAGCUUGCAGCUUCCAUGGCAACUUGGAGCUAGCGGAACUAGCAGUGGAAAAACUAAUGCACCUGGAGCCGCAGAAUACAGCAAACCUAGUGAUCCUUUCAAAUAUAUACGCGUCACAUGGCAAAUGGGACGGUGUUGCCCAGGUAUGGAAGUUGCUAAAGGAAAAAGAUCACAAGAAAUCUGCUGGUUACAGCUUUAUUGAGUUAGAUGGUAGGAUGCACAAGUUCCUGGUUGAGGAUAAGUCGCAUCCAAGAUAUGAGAUGGUAUAUGACACCUUGGAUAGCAUCACACUGACCAUGAAGCUUGUCAACUUGGAAAAUUCAGAAGUGGAAAGCUAA